AUGUCAUACAGCCAUCAUUUGUGUACUGGUACAUCAGACAGUAAUCAGUUGUGUACUAGAUAUAUACAUUUUAAUUUUGAAUUUCAGGAGUCGCUCUUUCAAGUAUAUCGUAAUAGAAGGUUUCUUUUAACAGGACGAUCAUAUGCGGUACGUUCACAUCGAAUGUUUCAACAGUGCAUAGACAGCCUGGUGCAGAAAGUUCAAAGUGGUGUUGUUAUAAAUUUUGAGAAAAUUGGCCCUGAUCCACCACCAAUCAACCCUGAUGGUAAAGAAACUCCUGAUGUAAUUGAGGUUGACAAAGAAAAUCAGCAAAAUAAUGUAGAAACUAAUGGAGGGUUAGGAGGGGGUGGGCUUGGAGGUGGUGGUAUGUUAGGUCACAUGCUUCAGAAUGGUGGCCGUCCACAUACACCCAACUCUCUACCCCUUCCUAUGCCCAAUCCACAAAGCAAUGCUUGGCAUAAUUGUAGAAAGAUGAUAUAUGUGCCAAGACCAGCACAGAGAGGAAGUCCAUCAGGUUUCUGGCCAAUACCAGAGUCAUUCUGGCCAGAUAUGAACACAGUAUCACUGCCUUCAAGAAGUGCUCAUCCUAAUGUAAAAUUCACUUGUACAAGUCAAGAACCCAUGGUAAUUGAUAACUUACCAUUUGACAAAUAUGAACUGGAACCUUCCCCAUUGACACAGUUCAUCCUUUCAAGGAAGCAGCCAACUGUUUGCUGGCAGGUGUACAUUCCUAACAGCAGCAAAAAUAGUGACGUUGGUCAUCCAUUUGGCUACCUGAAGGCCAGCACAACACUGCAAACUGUCAACUUAUUUGUCAUGCCUUACAACUACCCAGUACUUUUACCACUUUUGGAUGAACUGUUCAAGACGCAUCGUUUAAAGCCAACCAAAGAAUGGAGAACACCAUUUGAUAAUUACCUUCGUUCGAUGCCUCCAUAUUAUGCAAAUCCCCUGAAACGUGCUCUUGGGCGAAUGGGUGCCCCCAACCUUGUUCCGGAUAACCUCGACAACUCCCUUAGCUUCCAAGUCACCAAUCAUCUCAAGAGGCUAAAAAACCAAGCCAAAUUAGAAUAUGAACGCAUUUGCCUUGAGGUUGAGAAGAGAUUAUCGCAAAAUAAUUGUCCUGUCCACGAGGGCAUUAGAGUGCAACCACGAAGACCACUGUGCAGGCAUCUUACCUCCAAUCACACGCUACAAGAUAAAUUGGCACCUCUUCGCGACCAAGUUACAGAAUACCCCAGCUUUGUGUUAGCAGUUCGUGAAGGAGAAGUAAAUCCUCAAAUGUAUCGAAAUCCUUUUGAUAUUCCUCGCUUCUGUCUACUUGAUCAGCUGACACGCAUGAGAGCAAACUUCCUUCAGUCAUCCCUGGCACUACUACUGACAGACAGAGACUUUGACCAGCUACAUUGUCGCCCUAUCAGUCAAAUGGGCAAUUAUCAGGAUUACUUGAAAAAAAUGACUCCUCCCUUGCGAGAAAUAGAAUCAACACCUGUCAGACAACACAUGUUUGGAAACCCAUUCAAGAUUGAUAAGAAGAUGUCCAUGAUGGUUGAUGAGGCAGAUGUUGAUCUUAUGGGUACAAGUGGAGGAGCUGGUACUGGAGGCCGUGGCUCCAAGCGACCAGCUGAAACCCAGUCUGCAGUAGGCCGGCCGAAUAAGCGCAGACGUGGUCCUCUACCUCAAGACUUUACCAUGCAAAGAAUUAAUAAGAGUCCUAACCAAAGCCCUAGCUCAAACCUUAACACAAGUCCCUGUCCCAGUCCUAGUUCUAGUCUAAGUCCUUCCCCAACCCCAGGCACCAAUCCUGGAGCAAAUAAUAGUCCUCCAGACUCCCCGCCACCUCAGAGAGUUGAAGAACGUCCUGCUGAUGUAAGACAAGAUAUAUCUAGAAUAGAGCGAGCAGACACUCCACCUUUGUUUCAACCCUCCAACUAUUCUACAACACCAACUCCAGGAUAUUCUCCGGGUAUACUGAGUGUGUCUCCACCAGGCUCUCCAAGUUCCCUCUCAGCAUCAGAAGAAAGAAACCAUAUAUUACCUCUUGAUAUACAUCCAAUGCUUAAUGGAGAUGUGACACCACCACCACCUUCAGUGCGAGAUGAAGAGAUUAAUGCAGGUACUUUAGAAGCCUUCGAUGUGGUCUAUGAUAUUUCACCUCCAGCACCAAGUCAUACUUCACCACUUGAAAUGUCUUUUGAUGAUGGCACAGAGAAGAAUAGAAUUGUAAAUAAUAGUGAACCUAGAAGAGGAAUGUCUACUCCUAGUACUCCAGCAGACACACCAGCUACCAAGACUUAUAAUAAAGAACUGAAAGUUAUUUGUUUCAAAUUAGUUAAAAAGCCAGGCAGAGGUAAGGAUGUAAAUGUUGCUUCACCAAGUACUGUAGAUGUUUGUAGAAUUAUGCAUGGUAUCUAUUUUUUUAAUUGAUUUGUUAUAGUAUUA